UGAAGACUGAAAGAUCACUGACCACUGUGCACACGUACAAUUUUGACGUUACUUAGCGUCUUCGUGACAACUUUAAAACCUCACACAUUGUUUCGAUUAUCGGACUGUCUUAAUAUCACGCUCGCGUUAUUUAUGAUUGUUGUCGAUUGGUUUCCUUAUCAAAUAUUUCGAUGAUGUUAAAUUGAUCACUAGAACUGGAAGUUAAUUCUAUUUGUUUCUUUUACAGUCAUAAAUGAAUCAGUCUCGUUCUGUUCUAAAACAGCUAAAAUAUUCUUCGUGUGUGCGUUAUCUAGCAAUAGGCCUCUCUGAUAAUGGAAAUUUGGAAUUCACACAGAAAAGCGUCGGUGCUGAUGUUGAAAUGGUUAACUAUAAUACACCUGGAAUGUAUUUUACAGCUUACAAUCCAAAUGGAUUUAUUUUAAAUACUGGUGUCAAGGUGAUUGGACCAUGUGCAGCUUUUCCGCGAUUCGCUUUUAGUUGGAAGAUGAAAGAUGCUUUGGAUAUUUCGGAGGAGUCUCUAUCUUUGUUUUUCAUUCUGGAGCCUCCACUUGAGGUUCUUAUCAUUGGUAAGGGAGAAACAAAAAGCCCAAUUGACUACCAACGAAUACUAAAUAUAUGCUGGAAACAUCGUCUACCUGUGGAGGUGAUGUCAACACAUCAUGCUAUAGGAACUUUUAACUUUCUGAAUUCAGAAAGACGAUAUGUUGCUGCAGCUGUCAUUCCUCCACGCCGCCUUGAUGUACAUGAUGAAGCUGAUGAAAAAGCCACGCAUUUACUAUUGGACAGAGAAAGCCAACAAUCAGACGAAAUACCUCUACUGAGUCCAACCAGUACUAAAUUGUUGAAAUCCAGUGAUUCUAAAGGAGAUGUUAUUGUUUCGCGUUCACCUCUGAUAAGUUGUAAUCUACCAUCCUCUACAUCAUUGUCUUCUGGAAGCAAAGAAAAAACAUGAAUUUCGCACUUCAAUGUUUGUAUAUCUGUGAUUAGUCAUUAACACGUGUUUCUACCCUAUUGUUCUCUAUUGUGCAUAAUAAACACCUACAUAGC